CUGUAUUGAAGGGAUUGAUUUUUAUUAAAUGAUGUAAUUGCUUAUCUUUACUUAAUGAAUUAUUUUAAAGUCUUAUUGAUGAAUGAUAUUAGGCAGUGAUAUAUUUUAGGUAGGCUGUGGUCAGAGUCAGAUCGUCAGAUAUGAAUGUUGACAACUCGAUACACAUUCUUCCUAGUUCUCAACUUCUCACUCUCAGACUCUCUGGGAUUUGCGUGAGGCACAUAGUGACACACAACACUGGAUAUGCACUUGCUGGUGAUCUGACAGCCUCCCUAAGUAGUGAAUCAAUAACAGGAAGACCUAGAGAGUGUAUUAGGCUAGUUUCAUAAAAUGGGUGGCUCUCCAAGCUGCCAGAUUGCUGCAGUAGACAUGGAAGGUCCAGAAGCUAUGAUGGUGAAGGAGAAGGUUAAGAACAACUGUGUGAUGAUUUUCUCAAAAACCUAUUGUCCUUAUUGCAAGAUGGCCAAGAAGGCUUUCAAAGACCUUGGUGUGCCAUAUAAUGUUUAUGAGUUGGACAAACAAGCAGAUGGUUUGAAAGUGCAGGAUGUAUUGGAUGGUAUGACAGGAGCCAGAACAGUUCCUCGAGUGUUUGUUGGUGGCAAGUGUAUUGGUGGAGGGAGCGAAACCAGGCAACUAUAUAAUGAGGGUAAAUUGCUAGACUUGGUGAAGCAGUGUCAAGAGAGCUGAUUCUAUGUGUAAUCACCUUAGGGUUUCAAAUGACCUACUGGUAACUGUACUGCCAAUGCAAGCUAGCAUGGCUUUCACUGUCCCAUAUGUAAAUGUUCUCCCCUUAAAUAGCAAUUUUUAUCUUUAUUUUUGUAUAGCAUAACACUUGUUGAAAAGAAGUUUGUGCUCCAGAUUUCAUCACUUAGAAAACCACUUUACAAUUGCACAAAUUGUAGAUGGAAAAAAUCAUAUUAAAUUACGCAAGAUCCUAUUGAAUACAAAUCAUAUAGUAAAUUUCUAUUUUAUGAUACUGAAAUGUAGCAUUUUGAGGAAAUAACAUUUUAGUACUAGUCUACUUGUUGAAAAUAUAUAAUGAAGGCUAUGUAUUGAUGUCAACUAUUCGUAAUAUGAACAUGUACAUCUGAUUAAAAAGGGAUGAUAUUGAAUGGAUAUUAUCCUAUCAGAAUGGUCAUGUUCUAUUUAUGUACAGUGAAAUUAUUAAUCUCCAGAGACAAAAUGUCACCUGUGAUGGUUUCCAGUUGGCAAAUUAUGAAAUUUGCUUAAAUGUUCAGUAAUUUGUGUAGCCAAAUCAUUAGUUUAGAUUUUUAUUCACAUAGUAUGCUAUUUUGUUUCAAAUGUAUAUAUUUAGAAUAUAAAUGAAUAUUCAUUUCAUAAAUUAUUAGUUUCAAUUACUGUUUGAUAUUAAGUGUAAUGACAGGAAGUUCAUGGAAGUGGUAGAUAUUACAUCUCAUGGUAAAGUGCAACUGACAACUGAUCUGCUAGUUAAUCAACUUUGGUUCAGUAACCUGUCUGGUAGCAGUACUUACUUUUUCUGGAAUUUUUUUUGCAUAGUUUCAACCUGAAACUGUCUUCUUAAUUAACUUGGUGAUAUUAGCAAUAUUCAUUUAAUUGCUUAAUCUGCAAGUUUCCAUAUCUCCAUAUUCCUCAGCUUUUCUUGUAUCCAUUUUACACUAACUUCAUUAUGUUGCACCAAUCUAUUACUGCUUCUGGUAACACCAAAUUGGCCUGGUGGAACAAGGGAAUAAAUAAAACUGCUUAAUAUUAUCCAAAAUGAAUGUUAACUCCUUUAUACAACAUAUUACAAAUACAAUAAACAUACGAACGAACAAAGUGAUACCGACACCACUUACAGUUUCUCAUUUCACAAAACACUGGGGUCAUAGUAACUGUGGAGAACGAAUUCCUUCGCUGAUGACGUGACACUGGGAUUGGCUGAGGGAAAUGCGGCAUAUCAAGGAGAUGAUAGCUUGAUGUCCUGACUAGUCUGGAGUGUAACAGCUGGUAAUGCUGGUCAACACUAUCAUAGGGAGUACUACACUAACAUGCUGGAUUCUGUGACGUGGAAAAAAAAAAAAAAAAAAAAAAAACUAUAUACACAACUGGGUAUGUAUUCUAAGUCUGAACAUUAUUGUCAUAGGGAUAUACACUGGGCUUCUGCUUGAUGGAAUUGGGAUGACAGGCACAUGAAUCUUACUAAAGGUGAAUUAAACCUCCUACAGAUGCAUAAUACUGCAAUUUUCUAAUUACCUAAAUAUUUCAUAACUAGAUUUUUAAUAUGUAAAUAUCUUUAAAGGAAAAAGCUGCAUAUUAAUUAAAAUAUUGCAACAAUAUAUCAUAAUACAUCUAACAAAGUUGAAGGAAUAUGUUUUCAUUGAGUUGGAUACACUAGAUACAUUUAUAGAAAUUUGGGAUGUUUGCAUGUUCUACAUGGUUAUCAGUGUACACUGAACAAAUAAUAUUUGGAGUAUAUAACAGUAUUCAUCCACACAAAAAUGUAACAUCAGACCAGUCAUUCUUUUCAAAUAUUGCUAUCAGAAGACACUCAUUAUAUGUAUGUAACAUUUUAAAAGAUUUGAAUCAGAUAUGAAGCAAUAUACAGAACAAUAUAAUAAGCAUCAAUCAUUACAUAACUUAAAGAGAUGGAUAGGUUUCAUCCCUAUCUUCUGUUGUCAAAACAAAACUAUAAAAAGCGUCACAGAAAAAAUGUAUCCAUGAUGAAUUAUUUAUAUAUUCAUAUUUUAUAUAAUUGUAGGAAAAUCUUAAGUGAAACAUCUUAACAAUGGUUUCUUCUGCACCGGGCAGAAAAAAACAUAUUUGCAGCACAAAUUAUUUUAGGCCAUAAUCCAACUACCAGAGCUGUCAACUCCACAUACACAGGGUGGGUCAGUGCAUCCACUCAACUGGCCCAGGUGAAUCGGCAUCUGCAUCAGGUAUGAUGGGGAAGUGUAUCUCAGUAGGAAAUUGAUUGCAUUACUUGAAAAUACAAAAGCAGAAAAUUGUUGCUCACUAAGGAAAUUAACUUGUAGCCUAGAGAGAGAGAGAGAGAGAGAGAGAGAGAGAGAGAGAGAGAGAGAGAGAGAGAGAGAGAGAGAGAGAGAGAGAGAGAGA